CAUACUACAGACUCUCAUUAACUUGUAUUAAUAUGGAAAUGAAACCGUUUUCAUCAUAGAAUAAACAAACAUAUAUAAAUGUAGAAAGUAUAGCAAGAUUUUUCAAUUUUCCAAUUAGUGGCUGUAUAAACGACAUAUUUACCUUAUGAACACGUUCCGUUUGAUUUAUUUUAAAUACACACAUUUCACAUCUCAUAUACUUUUAUUUGUAUCACAAUUAUAACACUUUAUCACUUUAGGUAUUUAUACAUAAUAAAACAAAUUUCACAAACUCACAAAUUCACAAUUUCGGCAAAACUUUGAAACUUCAAAACACAAAUACAAUAAUAUGGUUUGUCCGUUAACCACACUAUUGCCAGACUGUUAAGGUUUUUUGGUUUGUCCGUUAACCAUAGUACUGCCAGACUGUUAAAAUAGCUAUGUUAACAUAAAUUGCAAAAAAUUUGCUUAUUGAUUUAUUUUAGUAUCCACAAUUCGCUGCAAUUAUUGAAAAAACCUUAUAGAACUUAUUCAUUUAUUUCUUAUACGUUUUAUUUAAGAAUAAAAAGAAGAAAAUAACAAAAAAACUAAUGAAAAAUAACACUAAAGGGUUAAAUACAAAAUACACAUACAUGGCAACAGCUAGUGUUACUGGUACAGCUGGUUAGCUGUCAUCGACCUAAAAAGUUUUUGUUGCUUGUUUACCAAAGAUUUUUGCACAACCUCCGGUGUAUUUGUAUUCCAGUAUUGUAGUUUUUUGUGUUAAAUUUGCAAAUGUUGUAGUCCCGGCUGCCAAAGUAAUAGCACCAAUCAAUACUAUAUUUUAAGUAUUUUUGUGUGUAAAAAUGUCAAGUUGGAAUAAUAUAUGUCGUGUUUGUACCAGUCCUGCCGAAUAUGAGUUUUUCGGUAAAAUACCAGCAUAUCUACAUGCCAGCUCAAAUGAUUUUUUGCAUUGGCAAAAACCAAUUAAUGUACUGCUUGAGGAAACAACGGGACUUAAGUGUGCCGAAAAUGAUGGUUUACCCAAUAAAAUAUGUGCACUUUGCAUUUCUUACUUAAAACAUGCAGUAUUUUUUCGUGAACAAUGUAUAACUAAUAGUUUGAGCUUGAAAGCUAUAGAUUUAUUACGCCAAAAACGGCAAAAAAGCAAGCAAAAUGUGGAUAAAGACAAUCUGUUGAUUACAGCACAAGAGCUGAAUUAUACAAAUGAGCAUCAAAUAGAUACCAAUCUGCUAAACAAUACUUGUUCGCAAGAUCAAGACAAAGUAUUUAAGCAGUUGCUGAAUAAUAGCGUACAAACGAAGGCGCCCAGCCCACAAAAUAUCGAACAACAAUUGCGUUACCUAAAUUUAUUAUUUAACAAGGACCCAAAUGCCGGUCUGCAUACUUAUAAACGCAAAAAUGGCGAAAAUAAAUUAGAAAAUGCCGAAGGCGGCGGCGAGUAUCCAUUUGUCGAAGAAGAUUCCGAUACGGAAACUUCUAGUGACGAAAACGAGGCAGCCGCUCUGCAACAGAACAUAUUUUCAUACAGCGAAACCAAUUUCCAAGAGGACGAUAUUAUAAAUUUAGAUGAGCUUGGUGAUGCUAUUACUAUCAAUAUACCAGAAAGCUGUAAGGAACGCAAAUGUCGUGCAUGUUUCCGACGUUUUAUGUUUGAAGAUUCGCAUAAUGAACAUAUUAGCACAUGCAUCGAAUACAAGUUUCUUACAUAUAUCGAGGAAUUGAAUAAGCUACUGUACAUGCGGCGAAAUAAGGUAGUGUCGCCACAUGAAUUCGUGCGUCGCAUGAUUUUUGCUUUACGCAAGAUAUGCGAAUGGCUAAAACAAGCUAACUGUGCUGACAUUUUAUUGCCAGAACUGGCGACAAACGGAAAUGGAGCCGAGGAAAAAAGUAAAAAGCCAUUGGAGAGAGAAUAUAAAAACUGUGCGGUUGCUACAUGCGAAGAAAAAAGUUCAAAUGUUAAACUUUCUGUCAACGAGCAAUUGCUUAAACUCUUUGAAUUGCCAAAACCGCAAAAAGAACAAACGAUGACUGAUUUACCAAAAACAUCACUUUCGAACACACGCGAAAAAACUACUAAACUAACUGAGUCUACUAACGAAAAUGGCGUAGGUAAUGCUGAGAAGCCAUUACUUAGAGCAACUCCGACGCCUAUAACACCAAGCAAUAAUAUUUUGUAUAAAAUCGAACGUUCACAAAGCAGAGGAUCAAGCGCACUACCCAAUAUUGAUCACGAUAUGAAAUCUAUAGUUAAGCCCAUCGCUGUUAUGACUACCGAGAAAAGCAUAACAACGCCAACAGCAGCUGCAGAUAAUAGAACAUUUAACAGUGUUGCUAGCAAUGCUGGCGGCGUUGACAUACCAAGGGAUACUGCGGAAAGAUUAACAUUCCUGCAGAAGUUACGUCGUGCAGCCAAUCAAACACCAACUUCUUCAAAUUCCAAACCCACUCCAGCUACACCAUUGAUUAAUGUGCGCAAAGAUUUGACAAAUACAGCGUCAGGUGCAGGCAACGAACAACAGAUUGCUUCACCUGCUACUGCUACAGCUACGCCAAAAACCAUUCCUAUUAGUGCAUUACAUAUGAAUCUCAGUUUUAGUGCUCGUUGUAAUCCAUGUAAUAUACUUUUUGAAACAUUAGCUGCACUUGAGGUACACAAUGCAAUGUAUCACAAUCAUAUGCCACAAAAGCCAACAAGAAGUACAGCGAACACUCAACCCGAGGACCCAGAAAGAGAGGCAGAACGUAGGCGUAUUAUCGCACUAUUCGAAAAUGAUGAUAGUGAUGAAGAGUUGGAAAAUGGCGGAGUUUAAUGUCACACAGUUUACCAUAUACAUAUAUUUAUUUAUAUUUUUAAAAACUUGACAACUUAUUCUUAAGUCAUAAUUAUGGAAACAUGCUAACUGUUUAGGUCACGAAAUUAUUGUUCUUUAACAUUAACAAAUAUCGCUUGCGAUAUGCUUUAUUUGUAUGCGUAGCAUAUUUUUUUUAACUUAUUUAUAAUAAUUUCAUAUAAAUCAAUACUUUUUGUUCAUUUAUAAGAGUACAUCAACAGUGAAGGUAUCUUCAUUUGUAUAACUUUGUGAUUUAAAGUCUGAGGAAGUAUUCAUCCAGAAUUACUUUUUAUUAUGACGAACAACGAUUUUUUCAAAUUUUUUUAUUUGUGAUUAUGUUGUAAACUUUUGGUAUAUGUUGUCACUUUGAAUCAAUAAAAUUAUUGUAUUGAACCCUAAUAUUCGCCAGAACAUUUUUAAAAUAUAUUGACUCCAAAACCUUGUCUGAGGUUUGCAAAGGCA